AUGUACGAGGCAGACCUAGGUCGGGUCAUGUCUGGAGCGGAGAAGGCUCCCACGGUGGCGGAGGAUGCCGACGCCGCAGCGACCGCGACGUACGAGAGGAAGCUACAAAAGUUCCAAGAAAAGAAUGGCAAACUCUACACGCGGCUUCUGCUGGCUACGUCGGACUGCCCGGAAGGAUACUCGAGCCCGGCUUCGCAGGUAGUGCAGUCGUUUGGGCCUGUCGGGGACGAGGAGUUCGGUGACGGUCGAAGUGCUUUUGUAGCGCUCGAGCAAAAGUACCGUGUCGAUGGGACUUUCAGAAUGCAGCAGCUACACGAUGAGUUGGCCGCCGUCGCGGUCACCGCUGCUGACAAGUACGAUCCGGCUCGCGCAAUCCAACAAUUGCGCCGCAUCUUUCACGAACUCGGCAAACUCGGAGACACAGUCGUGAAACAACGGCAAGCACAUGCCAUCCUAAAGGCCCUGCCCGACAACCAAUACGGCUCGUUCAAGACUGUACUGUUGGUAGAGUCGCCCACUGUUGGUAGCGAACCACAAAUGGUUCGACGAACGGCUCGUCGAACCGUGAAUUACAGCAGCGGCGGCGGAUCGGCCGGCAACGCUGGAGGCGGCAGCGCGGGAAAUGCGCAAGGUGCUCGCGGGAAUUAUCGCGGCAACAACGCCUCCGGUGGCCGAGGUAAGGGCCAGGACACCGGUCGGAACCGAAAAGGGCGCUGCCGCUACUGUCAUAAUUCGACAGAGCACGGGUGGCACAACUGCCCGCUCCGCCUGAGGCACGAGGCGGAGGAAGCCACUGAACAGGCUGAUACUCACCACACUCAAGACUCCACCACUCAGGCAUGGUUCACGCGGGUGGAGACUGAAGGCGAUGUGCUGGAGGACUACGCCAUCUCUUUCGGAAAAGACGUGCAGGUGCANAGAUGCACCUGCUGCGGCGCAGCCAGAGGAGCGCGCUGCUGGUGACACGCUGGUGCAAGACGCGCCGGUGCCGACGCUGCAGGAUGCACGCGUUGUGUAUGACCCGCAGGUACUGGACACACCUGCUGCAGCGGUGGUCUAUGACCCUGCUGCCAACGGAUAUUCUCAGACGGAGGAGGCGCCUGAGGACACCGAGCUCGUUGCGUUCAGCAGCGUGUUUCAGGUGGACAAAGAGAAACCGCAGGUCGUUGAUGAUUCCGCCUGCUACAUUGAUUCCGCCGCGUCCAGCCACAUGGUGGAUGAGCAGUCUCGCUUGUCCCAUCACGUCCUCAAUCCGGUAGAUUGCGCUGUGCGCAUUAUCGGGUCGUGUGGCACAUCCGACGCAACCAAGAAAGGUACCCUNUCAGGUGACUGCGGUGUUUGUGCAGUUGGUGACAGUAAGAAGGGCAGCCACCCCCCGUCUAACCGUCCCCUCUUGGAGACUCGGCUGGAAAUUCUAAUUGCCGAUACGUGCGGGAAACAUCCUAUUGCUACAUACGGGGGUGGCCAGAGUGCCGUGAUGUUUACUGAUGACGCUACUCGCAUGAGGUUCGGCUACCUACUCAAGACGAAAGACGAAACGGCCGAAGCUCUUCAAACUCUGGUUCGGGACGAGGCCGACCCGCUUGGUCAGAGCAUCGGCACGGUGCACUGCGACGGGGGAGCGGAGUAUUUGGGCAAGUUUCUGGCGCUAUGUAAGUCGCUCGGAAUCAAGCUCACGAAUAGCCCUCCCCUAUGUCCCGCAAUGGAACCCCAUCGCCGAGCGUGGAUUUGGUACCAUCAUCGGCACUGCCCGCAAGCUUCUCUUGGGAGCACCGCACCUUCCUCAACAGCUGUGGGGGGAGGCUUUCAUGACUGCAAUCUACCUCAAGAAUCGGACCCCGACCGAAGUCCUGGGCGGCAAGGCACCACUCGAGGUAUGGGAGGGGAAGCCGCUCGGAAAGAUGCUUCACAUCCACGAGUGGGGGUCGCUGGCUUUUAAGCACGAAGAGUUACGCGCCCGGUCGAACAAGUUGGC